UAUGGAUAUCUUUUCAAAAAGUGAUCCUUUUGUUGUGUUACAAAUAUAAUAAAACAAAAAUUGGUUUGAUAUUGGUAAAACUGAAAUUGUUUAUGAUAAUUUGAAUCCAAACUUUACCAAAACUUUUAUUAUUGAUUACUUUUUUGAAUGUUAAUAGCCUCUCAAAUUUAUAGUAAAUGAUGAUGAUGGAAAUGGAAAAUUUGAUGUAAAAUUUUAUUAUAAUUAAAGUUUAUUGGUAGUGUAGAAACUACAUUAGGUAGUAUAGCAGGUUCACGAGAUUAAGUUUUAAUUGUUGAUAUAAAAAAAGGUACUAAAAAGACAGGAAGUUUAAUUGUUAAAGCAGAAUAAGUGAGAUCAUUGAAUUAGAAAUUAAGAAUGCAAAUAUGUAAUAUCCAUAUUAAAAUUUUUAGAUGGAUCUCAAUUGCCAAAUACAAGAUUUCUUCCAUGGCAGAGUACAUGUCCUUUUUUUAGAUUAUAUAGAGAAAGUUAAGAUUCAAAUUAAAAUUUAUUAAUUUAUGAAAGUGAGAAGAUCAAAAAUUGUUAAAAUCCAAAAUGGAGAAGAUUAGAUAUCACUUUAUAAAAACUUUGUAAUGGAAAUUUAGAAAAACUACUUAAAGUUGAAGUCUUGGAUUAUAAAUUUCAUGGUAAUCAUCAAUAAAUAGGUCAUACUUAAUUUAGAGUUAAUGAAGUUAUUGAUAUGAAAUAAUAUUAAAAAUAAUUAUUAGAUAGGAAUAAUAAUGAAGUAGGUUUAAUUACAUUUAAUGAUGUAUUAUUAUUCAAUUCUAAAUUUAGUUUAAAAUAUUUGAUCCACCAACUUUUAUGGAUUAUCUAUAGAGUGGAACUUAAAUUAAUUUAAUAGCUGCCAUUGAUUUCACAGGAUCAAAUGGUUCACCUAAUACUUCUAAUUCUUUACAUUAUAUAGAUACUUAAUCUGGGAAAUUAAAUUAAUAUCAAUAAGCUUUACUUGCUGUAGGAGAUAUUCUGCUUAAUUAUUCAUAUGACAAAAGAGUUCCUAUGUAUGGCUUUGGUUGUAAACCGAAUCUUAAGAAUUUUAAGUCUACAUAAACUUUACAUUGUUUUCCCUUAAAUGGCAAUCCUUAAGAUCCAGAAGUUGAAGGCAUAGAUGGUAUUAUGCAGACAUAUAGUUAUGCAUUAAAGAAUGUUUAAUUUAAUGGGCCAACUUAUUUUAAUCCAAUACUUCAGGAAGUUAUAAAAAUAGCUUCAUUGAGUAAGGAUAUGGCAAAAGAUACUUACUAUGUAUUAUUUAUUUUGACAGAUGGUGUAAUUCAUGAUAUGAAAGUAACUAUUAUUAUUAUUAUUGUUAUUUAGUAAACAAUCGAUUCUAUAGUAGCUUCAUCUCAUUUGCCAUUAUCUAUUAUCAUAGUUGGAGUUGGAGAUGCAAAUUUCAAUGAUAUGAAUAUAUUAGAUGACGAUGAAGGAAAUUUAAAAGAUUCUAGAGGAAAUUAAUCAUAUAGAGAUUUAGUGCAAUUUGUUCCAUUUAAUUAAUUUAAGGAUAAUCCAGAACUAUUAGCUAAAAAUGUUUUACAGGAAUUGCCUGAUCAGAUUGUUGAAUAUAUGCAAUUAGUUGAUAGAUAACCUAGUAAUAUUAUAUUAAAUUAAAAUAGAAUUAUAACAAAAAUAAAAAAAUUCUCAAGAUAUGUAAACUCCAACACCUGAAAAUUUCAAUAAAUUUUAAAUAUCAGAUGAAUAAAGGCAAUAACUAGAUCAAUCAGGAAGAUUUUCUAUUUCUAAACAUGAAUACUAUAAAUAAUCAUAGUAAAAUUAAGAGAAAUAACAAGCUAAAUGA